AUGUUGAAAACAUCGUUCCAGCGAAAACUGGUCAUUGUUCAGUCCAGUCUGUUGCUGCUGUCAUUUUUGUUUCAGCUCAUAGCUUUACUGUCCGUCCCGCUCACACAGUCGAUCUACCUCUGCAAGUUCGAGGGCUACAAAUUUGGGGUUUUCGGCCUCUGCGACGCGAACUCGUGCACAGAACCCAGUCUGGGCUAUAACCCGUCCCAGCUCACGAAUUUGGGGGGCUUCUCGCUGCCCUCUAACGCAAGACACAGCAUUAGCUAUCUCCUGGUCGUGCAUCCCAUCUCGCUCAUAUUCACCUUUAUCCAGAUGACGCUGACGCUCCUGCUGCUCAAUCCACGCUUCUCCAGCUCCUCCAAGUUCCUGCUGACUGUGCUUCUGUGGUCCCUGCCCACCUUCCUGCUGUCUUUGCUAUCCUUUCUCGUCGACCUCAUUCUGUUCAUCCCGCACCUCGAAUGGUGCGGCUGGACAAUCCUGAUGUCUGCCUUGUGCACUGCCAUCUGCGGCACGAUGCUGUGCAUCACACGAAGGACCAUCACGUCACGUGAGGAGUAUCUGUUGCUCGAUAACCGCAUGGGCAAUAUGUACCGUCUCGAUGACCUCCACAAGGACCCCAACCAGUCGGUGAUAUCCACGCUGGCUCCCACGCUGCUGCGCUCGCGAGCGUCGAGCUCAAUGUACACCCAGGACCCCGACAUGCUCAGCGACGACGAGCUUAUCUCGAUCGACUCGGACCGACGCGUCGAUCUGCGCUCCAACGUGUCAUGA